GAGGAUUAGAGUUUCCUCGUCUGCUUCGUGUCGAAGGAAAAAACAUCCUGCAAGAGGAGACAGUGUCGGUCCAACAUGUUCGCGAAGGUGUUGCUGGUCUUCGCGGCUAUUGUCGGCUUCGCGAGCGCUGCAGUCCCUUCGUACAUUCAAGUAUGCGGCGCGAGGAACCCAGAUCUCGACGCAUGCGUGAUCAAGAGCGUGGCCGCGUUGUCGGACAGACUUCGCAAAGGCAUCCCCGAGUUGGACAUUCCGCCCUCGGAUCCAUUGACGAUCGACAAGGUGCAACUCGCGGACAUGAAUAACUUCAAAGCCGUAGGGACGGACAUUAAACUCUACGGACUCCCGACUUACCACAUUAAUUCCCUCCAUAUCGAUCUCCCGAAACAACAGAUCGAUAUCGAUCUCCAGCUAAAGGACAUCCGGAUGGAGGCGCUUUACAACGUCUCCGCAAAGAUUUUGAUACCGAUCAACGGAAAGGGACCGAUCAAACUGAACGCAAAGGACGUGAACGCAAAAGUAAAGCUGCACUUCAAGCUGGUCGAACGCGGCGGUAAGAAAUACACGUAUUUCCCGACGAUGACGACCAAGCUGAACGUGAAAGAUUACACCGUGAAAUUCGAGGCCGACAAUUUCGACAAAACACUGCAGGAAGCUGUUAGCCAGGCGCUGGGGAACAGCCAUCAAGAGAUCCUCGAAGCUACCAGGCCCAAUCUGGAACGGGUAAUUUCCGAGAGAUGUCUCCAAAUAGCGAACAAGAUCUGCAAGCAUUUCACCUACGACGAACUUUUCCCCGAUCGAGAAUAAUAAUCGAGAGACCGUGAAAAUUCUCACAGGUCACUAUUUGCUGGAACCGCGAAUUCUCGAUAUGCGACACGCUCUGUUACUACGUUCACGGAAAUUCACGAAUUGUCCCUAUCAUCGUUAUGUUUAAUAUUUAUUAGAAUAUUUGAAUGUGAUUCUUCGGAAAUUUCUCAAGAACACUUCCGAGUAUUCCGAUAAAAUGUUUGUAUUAUGUGGAAAUAGAGAACAGUUGCAUCCGCCAUCUUUGUUUCGUGACCUCUAUGACCAUAAAACGUUUUGAAAUGUUUAUUAUUAUUAGUGUAUAGUUUUUAUGUUUUUAUCGUUUCUUCAUUUUAUUCUCAAUUUUGAUUCCAAAGGUUUUUCUUAUCGAAGACGACUGAUAUUCAAUAAACUAAAGCUCAGAGAUAUUUUAUCAUCUUCUCCACUCUUUUACAUUAAUUCGCGUGACACCGAUCACUCGAGAUGCUUUAAAUAAUAUAGGUAUCGCAUUCCUAUUUGUUACGUGUCUGCUUAGUACAGGGUAAAUUAUAAGUUGCACGCUUACUACAAAUAAACGUUUAUUUCCUUUA